AUGAAUAUGUUGGAUGAUGAAGAUGACCAAAGCUUUCACGCUACGCGUGACGGCUACUCCCAUUUGAGCGAUGUCGAAUGGGAUGCGGUUGAACGAAUGGGUUCGACCAUGGGCAUCCAUGCUGUUAGCGUCAUGCUAGAGGCUCUUAAUAGAGAUGCCCAACAUGCUACUAUCGCCAAGUUCAUUCAAAAUGAACUUGACGCAGAACGCGAGAAAGUAGCCUUGCUUCACCAACAAGGUUCUCAACAAGCAGAGUUGUUGAGAGAACAGGGUGCUCAACAGUUUGAACUGUUGAGACAGCAGCAGGCUGCUGCUGGUGGGUCGAUGCACUCGCGUCGACCCGAGACCUUGAAGAUUGACAUCUCCAAGGCGCGUCGCAUCGACGACGGGGAUAUGCAAGUUGCAUUUGCCCAGUCAAAUCUGGCAGGACGUGCCAAGACUUGGGCACUGGGGCUCAAGUUGCACGACCCAUAUGCGUUUGGGUCGUUGGAAGUCUUCAAGUCGCGGCUCAGACAAACGUUUGGACCGCCUAGAGCUGAGUUCAGGGCUCGAACCGAACUCUUGAAGCUCAAACAGGGUAAGCAUGAUGUGCACGCUUACGCUCAACAUAUACGACAUCUCACGAGUUGUAUAAGCUCCAAUCCGGUGGGUGAACACACGUUGGUUUCGGUGUUCAUGCAGGGUCUUGCGGAUGGUCCCGUCAAGACUCACCUGUUCCGGCUUGAACUAGAUUCACUAGAACAAGCCAUUUCCAUUGCGGAGCAGGAAGACUUCAGUCUGAGACAGGCUCACGCCAGCUCGACAUCAUAUCGUCAACCGAGACGAUAUGACAACGGAGGUCCAGAGCCGAUGGAACUCUGUUAUGUAGAGAGCGAGAAGGCUCGCUCUACAGGCUACAAGAAGGUGCAGAGGUGCAACAGAUGUCAAAAGACAGGACACUACGCUUACGAGUGUAGUGCCCCUCGUCCAGUGUCUCGCGACACUGGGCGUAGUGACCGUCCACCCAUGAGAAAGGGGCAGGGACGAGGGUCCGCAGUUGGUGCAAAGACGCAACAACGGGAUGGACCGUCAAAAAACGGACAGGAUCAGUAG